GUGGAAGCUGCGGCUGCAUCCCCCCACUCGUAGCCCCGGAGCUUCGCGCCCAGACCCCGGCGAGUCCGCGGAACAGCCUCAGCCUCGGGCCACCACCCCGGGCAGGCUCUGCAGUGCUCCUCCUAGCCUGUUGCCUGCUGCCCCCAUGAAGAAAACCAACAUGUGGUUUCUGGAGCGGCUUCGGGGGUCCGGGGAGAACGGUGCUGCUGGGGGCGAGGCCGGGGACAAGGCCUCCAAGGGGCCCCUGUACAGCAACGUGCUCACGCCCGACAAGAUUCCUGACUUUUUCAUCCCCCCCAAGCUUCCUGCCAGCCCCGCGGAGCCUGAGGGGCAGGGCGAGCUGGGCUCGGCUGCGGAGCAGAACCCAGCCUCCGCCUCGCCCCGCCGAGCCCCCCGCAGCCCUCGGCUGCCCGCCAAGCUGGCAGCCGAGAGCAAGAGCCUGCUGAAGGCGGCCACCCGGCAUGUGAUCCAGAUUGAGAGCGCCGAGGACUGGCCGGCUGAGGAGGCCACCACCAACUCCGACCCCCAGGCCCAGGGUGCCAUGUCCCUGCCCUCGGUGCCCAAGGCCCAGACGUCCUAUGGCUUCACCACGCUGGCCGAGAGCCCCCACACGCGGCGCAAGGAGUCUCUGUUCCACAGCGAGCAUGGGGCCCUGGCCCAGGUGGGCUCCCCCGGAGCCCGGCGCCGCCGUGGGGGUGUCAAGGCUAAUGGGGGCGACGGGGUGUCCAGGGAGGCUGGCGGGGCCCUCAUGAGCCCCAGCCGCUACUUCAGUGGUGGGGAGAGCGAUACGGGGUCCUCGGCUGAGUCCUCCCCUUUUGGGUCCCCUCUGCUCUCGCGCUCUGUGUCGCUGCUCAAAGGCUUCGCCCAGGACAGCCAGGCCAAGGUGAGCCAGCUCAAGCACUCCGUGGUCCGCCACGGCUCCCUGUCGGCCGAUGACAGCACUCCGGACACCAGCCCCGGGGCUCGGCGCCGCCUGACUCGCAGGGCCGCCCCGGAGCCAGGCUCGGAGCCAGGCCAGGUGCCCCGCGCGGAGCACGCCGUGCGCAUGGGCACGCGGGGCAGCGUGCGGCUGCUGGCUGAGUACGAGGCGGCACAGGCGCGCCUGCGCGUGCGGCUGCUGGCCGCCGAGGGCCUAUACGACCACCUUUGCGAUGCCCGAAGCAUCAACUGCUGCGUUGGCCUGUGCCUGGUCCCUGGAAAGCUCCAGAAGCAGCGCAGCACCAUCAUUAAGAACAGCCGCCACCCCGUCUUCAAUGAGGACUUCUUUUUCGAUGGCCUCGGGCCGGCCAGUGUCCGCAAACUGGCCCUCAGGAUCAAGGUGGUCAACAAGGGUAGCAGCCUCAAGCGGGACACGCUGCUGGGGGAGAAGGAGCUGCCCCUGACCUCCCUGCUCCCCUUUUUGUAAAGGCCUCUUGCCGCCCACCCUCUGUUCCUCUCGCAGGUGCCGAGGGGAGAUCCCACCUCCCCUCUGCAUCCAGAUCCUGAGAGGCAGAAGGCCAGUUGGCUGGCCAGGAGCCCCGGAGGGGGAGGUGGGUUUCAACUAAAGCCGGGCUGGGCCCUGAUGUUGCAGCUGAGGCUCUCCUGGGUUGCUGGAUGGUGACCGGGAUGCUACUUUUCAUGGAUUAGGUUUUUUGAAGGAGAAAGAGAGGGGGCUGCCAGGUAAGAGAAGGCCAUUUGCAGGGCUGAGCAUUCCCUCUAUGCCCCAAGUUCCAUGCCCCUUGAUGUGGUCUCACCCCCUUCAGAGCUCUGGAAAGGGGCUCUCAGGUGGCUGGGAAUCUGCCAGGAGGUGGCCAAGGUGGAUCACAGGCCUAGAGGUCUCCAGUCCUGAGGCUGAGCUGAAUCUUUUGCUGUGUUGCACGAGUGCCCUCCUCCCCCAGGCCAGCCAGCCAGACUCCAGAAAGCAGUGCCAGGCCCAGGGUUCUGCCCCGUGGGGCUCUGGGAGGCAGCAGUGCUGUGAAGCUCCUGGUGCAGGAAGUCCCCAAAGAUGAAAAUGGGAGUAAUAGUUCCUCUUCUGUCCCUGGAGCCAGACAGCCCUCCCACGGGCUGCUUUCCUCCACCUUCCCUGCUUGCUUUUUGGGCACAGACCUGCCUGGCUUGUCCACUGCACCUGCUUGGGACCUCCGGCAGAGCCUCCCUCCCCUGGAGGGGAUGCUCAGAGGGCAGCCCCCCAUCCCUCCUAGGCUGCCACCCUGCCCCCUCCUACCCAGCACCCUUGCCAGCUGGACACCAGGGAGUGAUGCCCAGUGACCGAUGGCCGUGGCUUUUACUCCGCACGUGUAAAUAGGUUUGGUUAGGGUGGGUGGGACAAAGGGGCAAGCAAAGGGGGUCCCUGGUUAUGGCUUUUCAUGCUGCUGGGUGGCUGCAUGGGUCUGCUUGUUGUGUCAGCAUGUGGGUUCUUGAAUGAUUUCCGUGGAGGUUUUCUAGUCCAAAGAAACAGAAACAGCACUGAUAUGCCUUCUUUGCUGUUGGAAGCAGGGGCCAGCUCGGCCAGGCCAGCUCUACUCCUUCACCUCUCCUGCGCUGCCUGCUGUGCGUGGGUGGACCAGGGCAGCCCAGUGGGAUCCUGGGAUGUCCCUCCCUGCUCAAACAUUGUCCCCCCUGAUUCCAGGUUUCCAAUCCCACAAAGGGAGAAGUGAAGAAACAGAUUUCCCCUCAGUGCACCCUGCAGACUGAGCUGGAGGGGACCUCAGAACUGGGGUCCCUUUUCAUGCCCCCUAUGGCCUCCAUCCUGUGCCUGCUCCUUCAUGCUCCUGCUCCUGCCUUCAUAGGGGCUCCCCCUUCACUCUAGAACCCCAGGACCACCAGGGCCAGGCUUGUGGGCCAAAGCGGUGACAGAGGGCCCUGCAUAGAUGCUCAGAGCUCACACCCCUCCCCACCUCUCUGACCCUGACCUUGCCCUUCCCCUGCUUUCCCUCUGGGGCCCCCACUUUUAUAUGCCCCUGCACUGUUUCAUACCUUUGUGUUCGAAGUUGACUGUGGG